CGCAGAUGCCGAUUGGUCCGAUUGGUCGAGUGACGACAACUUCAUAACCUCAAAGUCCUCAAGUCCUCAAACUAAAAGUUCAGGCAUAUUUCGGGAGUGAAAAGUUUCAUACAAAACGUAACCAUGGAGAAACCACAAAAAAUGCCAAAAGUUGCAAAGGUUAAGAACAAAGCGCCAGCAGAAAUCCAGAUAACAGCCGAGCAGCUGUUGAGAGAGGCAAAAGAAAGAGAUUUAGAAAUUUUGCCUCCCCCGCCGAAGCAGAAAAUUUCUGAUCCACACGAGUUGGCGGAUUAUCAACACAGAAAAAGAAAAACAUUUGAGGAUAACAUAAGAAAGAAUCGUAUGGUAUUAUCGAAUUGGAUAAAGUAUGCACAAUGGGAAGAGAGUCAAAAACAGAUAGCCAGAGCAAGGUCCAUUUACGAGAGAGCCUUGGACUGCGAUCACCGAAACAUAGCGCUAUGGCUGAAGUACACAGAGAUGGAGAUGAGAAAUCGUCAAGUGAAUCAUGCAAGGAAUUUGUGGGAUCGAGCAGUGACAAUAUUGCCGAGGGCCAAUCAAUUUUGGUACAAAUAUACUUACAUGGAAGAAAUGUUGGAAAACAUUGCAGGGGCUCGUCAAGUUUUCGAGCGUUGGAUGGAGUGGGAACCAGCGGAGCAGGCUUGGCAAACUUACAUAAAUUUCGAACUGAGAUACAAAGAGAUUCAGCGAGCUCGUCAGAUUUAUGAACGUUUCGUAAUGGUACAUCCGGACGUGAAACAUUGGAUAAAGUAUGCCCGGUUCGAAGAAGCUCAUGGCUUCAUCAACGGAGCUCGUCAAGUUUACGAACGUGCAGUAACUUUCUACGGUGACGAGAGCCUAGACGAGAAGCUAUUCAUUGCUUUCGCUAGGUUUGAAGAAGGACAGAGGGAACACGACCGUGCCCGAGUUAUUUACAAAUACGCUCUCGAUCACAUACCGAAAAAUCGAACUCAGGAGAUUUACAAAGCUUACACCAUACACGAGAAAAAGUAUGGCGAUCGUUCCGGCAUCGAAGACGUUAUCGUUAGCAAACGAAAACGUCAGUACGAACAGGAAAUUCAAGACAAUCCAUUGAACUACGACGCCUGGUUUGAUUAUCUUAAAUUAGUCGAAUCCGAGGGUAACGUUGAAAACAUACGAGAAACUUACGAACGGGCCAUUGCCAAUAUUCCACCUACGAAAGAAAAACAGUACUGGCGAAGAUACAUUUAUCUCUGGAUAAAUUAUGCACUUUUUGAAGAACUCGUAACCGAAGACAUCGACAGAUGUCGUGAAGUCUACAAAAUAUGCCUCAUGGAACUCAUACCUCACAAACAAUUUACAUUCUCGAAAAUGUGGUUGCUUUACGCUAAAUUUGAAAUAAGACAGAAAAAUUUGACAACAGCGAGAAAAAUACUUGGCAUGGCUCUAGGCGUUUGUCCACGUGACAAAUUAUUUCGCGGCUACAUCGACCUCGAAAUUCAAUUACGCGAGUUUGACAGAUGUCGAAUACUCUACGAAAAAUUUCUUGAAUUCGGACCUGAGAAUUGUACUACUUGGAUGAAGUUCGCUGAGCUAGAGAGUCUCCUGGGUGACACCGAUCGCGCCAGAGCUAUCUACGAACUGGCUGUUUCACAACCGCGUUUGGAUAUGCCUGAAUUGCUGUGGAAAGCUUACAUAGAUUUUGAAAUCGCCAAGGAAGAACCGGAGAAUGCGAGGAAUUUGUUCGAGAGACUUCUGGAGCGCACUCUUCAUGUUAAAGUUUGGAUAGCGUACCAAAAGUUCGAAUUAGAAAAUCCGGUAGUCGAGGAGGGAAUCGAUAGCGUCGUGUUAGCAAGAAGAAUAUUCGAACGCGGCAACGCAGCUCUUAGAUCCAGCGGUGAAAAGGAAAGCAGAGCAAUGUUGCUCGAAGCGUGGAGAGAUUUUGAAAACGAACGAGGCGAUGACGAAAGUCGAGCCAAAAUCAGAGAGAAAAUGCCACAAAGAAUUAAAAUUCGAAAACGUGUCGUCAGUGACGACGGGACCGACGAUGGCUGGACCGAAGUAUUCGACUUUAUUUUCCCCGAGGACGAGUCCCAGCGGCCAAAUCUCAAAUUUCUUGAAAUGGCAAAGGCGUGGAAAAAACAAAAAGUCACGGAAAAUGAACCAGAGAAGGGCACACAGUCGGGCAAUAAUGAAAAAAUGGAUACUUGUCAAACUGUGACAAAUUCUGAAUGAUUAAAAGUUCAUUUUGAAAGAUUA